ACAGUGUACAACGAAAGACCGUUUGUGGAGGGAGUAGUAACGAUUCGUGUACAACUUGGAAUACAACAUCUCUUGUGUCCUGAGCUCUGCAAUUGAUUUCAGUUAUUUGCAAGCGGUUAAAGGCCGCCAUUAGGAUGAUAAAAAAGCUGGCAUAACAAGUAGGAGCUUUUUCCUUGCUCAGUUUCCCAAGAAGCGCUUUUCGUCUCCGAGCUGAGCCGUCGCUUCUGCACGGACUCCUUCGGUGCACCGGCUCCUUGGCGAGCAGCAAAGGCGAUCGCCAAGACUCCCGAUUAAGACAAGAUGGAGGAUCUAACCGAAGAGCUGAUCAGAGCCGCCCGCGAGGGAGACGCGCAGGGAGUCGAGGCCGCCCUCAAGGAAGGGGCGAGCAUCAACUUCCUGGGCAAGGGCGGCUGGGCGGCCCUCCACCACGCCGCCUUCGAGGGCAACGUCGAGAUGACUCGCCUGCUCAUCUCCUUCGGCGCCGACGUGGGCGUGAGCAGCGGGAAGAAGUCGGAGGGAGGCGUGACCCCCCUUCACUUGGCGGCCGAAGCUGGGUAUGACUUGGUGAUGGAAGCUCUUUUGGAGGCCGGAGCAGAUAUAGCAGCGAGUGACAGCAACGGAUUCCAGCCCGUCCACUGGGCGACGACGCAGGUGACCGCCCUGGCUGUGCUGCUGAGCCACGACUGCAACCUCUCGGCCCAAGCGCGCGACCUCUCGACGCCCUUGCAUCAUGCAGCCACCGAAGGCAAGCUGGACGUGGUCAAGUGGCUCGUCCAGAACGGAGCCGACUGCGCCAUCGGACGCCCGUGGACAGGGCCAAAAAGGAACCGGCACCGAACGCGAGGGCCCAGCGUGUUCGGAACGAUGAGGAAAUCCUUCAGAAAGCAGAAACCCGCUAAGGAGGAUAGACGUUCUUCGGAGCCCAAUCUCUCGAGGAAAUCUGCCUCACAGCCGAAUCUUUUAUCAACAUCGAGCAAAAAUAAGAGCCAUGAGGAACCACGUGAGACGUUCGUAUCGGACCUUCCAGACUUUGCACAAACUCACCACCAGGAGGAGAGUGUUGAGCAGGCGCAAGUGCAGGAGGCGGUCGAGCAAGAACUGUACCGGAAGAACAUGGCGAUGGCUCAGACACAACAGAUGGAGGACAAAGUGAGACUCUUAUUGGCAAAUGAACAAUGCUUAGCUGAAUACACAUCCUCAUCCCUCCUUCCAUUGGCUCCCUCAAAGCUAAACCUCGAGACUCAAGUGAAGGAGCUGGAGCACCACUUGGAGCGACAGCGGCAGGAGUUGGCGAGCCACCAGGAGCGAGCCAGACAGUACGUGGAGGAGCUCGAGGCGAUGAAGAACCUACACCAGGGAGAGAUGGUCAGCCUCAGCAGACAGGUGGAGGAGCUGCAGUCCGAGCUGGAGUGGGAGCGCAAGGAGAGGUCGAGAGAGCAGGUCGAGUCACAGCAACGCCUCGAGCCGAUGCAGUUCGAGGUCGAGAAUUUUCGGAGGACAAUGGUGGACCUCGAGGACCAGGUGAGGGAGCUUCAGCAGCACCUGGAGGGGCAGCAGAGGGAACACUCCAGGCUUCAGACUUCAGCGAACCAGCGGAUCCAGACGCUUCAGGCUGAAAAUGAGGACUACAAGAAGACGGUGACGUCCCUGGAUGGGCAGGUGCGGGAGCUCCGAGGCCACCUGGAGGGCCAGCAGCGAGAGCACUCCAAGGACCAGACUUCGGCCCAGCAGCAGCUGCAGAGCCUCGAGAAGCAGAACGAACAAUACAAGCAAACUAUUGUGGGGCUUGAACGAAGGGUCGAGGAACUGCAGCAAGAUUUGGGCUUUCAGGAACGAGACAUUUCCAAGGAAUUAACUUUGUCCAAACAGAGAGUGCAGUCGCUGGAGAUACAGAACACCAACUACAGAACGAUGGUGGGCAGACUUGAGGAACGGGUUAAGCAUCUUGAGGAGCACCAAGAAAGACUACUAGCAGCUGCCAAGGACAAGGAGGUCAGUGGCGUUGUCCCGACUUUCAGUAAAACCUACACGCCUAUAUACCGUCGUGGUCCCGCUCCUUGGAACCCGUCAGCUGCAGGGAAGUGACAGGGUUAAAUGACAAAGAGAAAAUGACAGACUGACAUAAAUGAUUUUUUUUCCCGGUGUCAGUUUCCUUUUAGUAAUUAUAGAAGGGGACGCGAGAAGAUGAGCUUUUUUUCUUGUACUUUUGCAUAUGAUAGUGAAAGUGAGAAAGGACGAAAGUUUGUGUUUUUGUUACUUUCAUCUGAUUUUUAUAGAAGCGAGAGUGAAAGAGAAAUAGAGGCACUUGAGAAAAAAUAAAUAAGGCAUUUAUAUGUGUGAGUGAGACAGAAAGAUAAAUAAAAGUGUUAGAGAGAGAAAAAUGCUCCAUAUUUUUGUAGAGAGGUAGAGAGAAGAAAUUUAUAAAUCAUUAAUAUGGUAUAGCAAUAACAUCACUGCCAUCAGAUGUUUUGAACAUUUUUAUUCUUUCAUUGCUAAUGGCAGGAGAAAAAAA